CUCCAGUAGCGUUUCUGAGGGAGGUGGGAUGCAGUCACGCUCCGCUGGAUUCAGUGGAUGAAAUCCAAAGGAAAUCUUUGUACUGUGAUGAGCAAACCACGCUAUCUUGCAAACGAUGUCAGACUCUUCUUUGCCAGCCUUCCCUUCCGUCUUCCCUUUGCUGUUUCUGAGAAAGGAGAGCGGUGCCUUGGGUGCAGCAGGGCAGGAGUCAGCGCAACACAAAGGUGCUGUGCCCAUCACAACCUUUCUCCAGGGGCUGCCAAAGGCAGGAGCACAGCACAGCACCAUUCCUGUGACAGGACAGUGGCUGCGGUGAGUUUCAACCAUGUCCGCGCUGCAUCAUCCCCAGCGGGUCAGUGCUUUGCCACAUUGUCCCGACUCUCAUGCUCUCUCAAGUAAGCGUAACUACGCUGUCGUGGAGACAAAUGCUUCCUGUGCCAUCCUCACUCCCCACAGCCAUUGAGCUGGUGGGUGGCUCUUCCGGAAGAAGAAUCGAGCAGCAGAACCUUACGCUCAGCCUGCAGCACGCAAAUGCUACAGCAGCAGAAACAAGGCGGGAAGCUCUGGGUUCCUCCCGGGAAGGCGAGGCUGCCCUGAGACGUACCAGCGGUGUUUGAUAGUGCCCUCCCAUCCUUAGAUGCUUCCCCAUAAGACAAAGCAACCCCACCGCCGGCAGCAGAACCCCGCAGCAGGCAGCAGGGAAGUUUGCAUGGACGGUAGUGUGGAUGGAUACAGGUAGCAUGGAUGAGGUUGCGCAUGUGUCUGUGAGUACAUUUGUGUGCAACGGGAUGGGAUUACAGACGUGUGUGUGAGCAUGUGGGUGAACAAGGGGUGGGGUUGCACGGGUGGGUGUAUUUGUGUGUGUGUGUGCAAGGCUGUUGUGCUACCGUUGUGUGCAUGCAUGUUGGGAGUGCAAGGAAGAGGUUACACAGGUGUGUGUGUGGGCACAGGGCUGCGCCAAGGGCUGGGGAUGCAAGAGCAUGUGCGAGCAGAUGGGGAGCGCAUGGAGAGAGUGGAACAAUGAUGUGCUUGCCCAGGGGUGUGCUGGGCGUUGGGUUGCAGACAUGUGGACGCAGCAGGAUGUUUUGUGGAAGAAGUUUGCACACGUCUGUGAAUGCAGAUGAGGACAUGCGAGGUGGUAUGUGCCCGUGGGUGUGCAAAGGGGGCAGGGUUGGGCAUGUGUGUGCUUGCACGUGGGGAAUGCAAGGAUGGAGUUGCUGGCAUUUGUGUGUGCACAGGGGUGUGCAAAUGUGUGGAGCUGCAGACGUGGUCACAGACAAACGGAUGUUUGCUGGAAGGUGUUUGCACAUGGGUGUGCAAAGUGGUGGGGUUUCCAGGUGCAGGUUUGUGUGCAAGGUUUGUAUGGCGCACGUGUGCAUGUGGGAGUGUGCAAGGAUGGCGUGGUACAUGUGUGAGCAGAGAUGUUCUUGCAGGUGUGUGGGUGUUUGCACAUUGGUGUGUUUGGGUGUGCAGAUACACGUGCGUGUGAAUGCACGGCAGUGUGUUGAAAUAGGUGUUUGCAGGCUGCCCCUUGAUUUCUCACAUGCGUGUGCAUGCAUGUAGUUGCAGGAUUCUUUGCACAAGUGUGUUGGCUUGCAAAUGGGCGUGUGCCAGGAUGGGGUUGCACAAGUGUGUGCGAGCCUUGUGAAAAGAAGAGUGAGAGGUGAUCUUAUGAAUGUCUAUGAAUACGUGAAGCGUGGGAGUCAAAGGGACCUGGCCCUUUUCAGCAGCCUGUGGGGACAGGGCAAGGGGGAACGGGCAUAAACUGGAGCAUGGGAAGUUCUGUACCAAUGUGGGGAGGAACUUCUUUGCGGUGAGGGUGCUGGAGCACAGGAGCAGGCUGCCCGGGGAGGUUGUGGAGUCUCCUUCUCGGGAGCCGUUCAAGACCCACCUGGACGCUGAGCUGUGCAGCCUGCUGCAGGGAGCCUGCUUUGCAGGGGAUCCUCCCUCUUACGGGUGGUUUUCCCUUCCAGGGCACAGUUCUUUCUCGGGGCCCAAGUCUCCGGAGGUGUCUUCUCCUUCCACCAAGCUGCUCACACUGGAGGAGGCACAGGCAUGGGCACGAGGCCACAGCGGCUCUCCCAUCAUGACAGUGAGCAGGCACAUUGAAGUGGAAGAAGGCCCCGCCGCUUUACAGGGGCAGUUCCACACAGUCAUCGACUUUCCACCCAAAAGCAAAAGUCCACCCAGAGAAAUGGAGAACUCAGCAGCUGGCUCUUGGUGUUCCCGCUUCAGCCUGGGAAAACCAUCCUCUGCGGCCAAGCGCAAACUGCGUCGCGAUCCCAGGGAGCCCUCAGAAACAGGAGUCACAGUCCUGGCAGGGGGUCGAGGAGACAGCGGGACUGUUUGCUCGGCUCACAGUGCAGAAUGGCUUACCACUCUGCCCGCUGUUGAAGGUGAAUCGAGCCCUUUUCAACCCAGAAGAGCCAGAGCGAGUAGUGGUGCGAGUAGUGGAGAGCUGUCAGGGAGCAUGAAUGGCUGCCCUUCAGAUGACAGCCUUCCACUUGCCAACAGUGAUGGAGGCAGGGAGGUCAUCCACAUUUGUGCCCUCAUUUCUCCCGGCUCUGCUGAAGACGUUGAGCAGAGCGUGCCAGACGUGCCAGACUCUGGCCUGGAUUGUGACGCAGCGUCUGUGCAGUGCAGCCCACCCCAAUGUUGUAGUAGGCGUGUCACGGACCUCGGUUUGUAACGCGGAAAGGCCCUUCCCCUUAAGCCUGUUAUUGGUUUGCCUGAGAGGCUGAGCCUGUGUCGUGGACACAGGGGAUUGGGCUUCUUAGGAGCACAACAACUCCG